AAAUAGUACCAGGCAGUUACCUCCAGGUGACUAAAUGAGGCUUCAUCUCAGCACACAAGCUAGGAAGCUUUAUGAUUAGUCCGGCUUGCUAUGGUGAGGAAAUAACACAAAGACGAGUCCAAAUGGAAGUCGAAUCCAUCACAAUAUCCAGUCAAUUUACAAACAGACACUGCAAAUGGAUGUAAGCAAGCUGAACAUAACCUUGCUUCGGAUAUUCCGCCAAGGAGUGGCUGCAGCUUUAGGACUCUUACCCCAGCAAGUGCACAUCAACCGCCUCAUUGAAAAGAAGAACAGUGUUGAACUAUUUGUGUCUCCUAUAAACCGAAAAACAGGAAUUUCUGAUGCUCUGCCAUCUGAGGAAGUGCUGCGUUCACUUAAUAUCAAUGUUUUACAUCAAAGUUUAUCCCAAUUUGGGAUUACAGAAAUCUCCCCUGAGAAAAAUGUUUUACAAGGGCAGCAUGAAGCGGACAAAAUCUGGAGCAAAGAAGGAUUUUAUGCUGUUGUCAUUUUUCUCAGCAUCUUUGUUAUUAUAGUAACGUGUUUGAUGAUACUUUACAGAUUAAAAGAAAGGUUUCAACUUUCCUUGAGACAAGAUAAAGAAAAAAACCAGGUGAUCCACCUAUCACCCAUUGUACUACAGCCAGCACAGUCUGAGGUGAAGUCAGUCCACAGCAUGGUCCAACCUGAGCAGGCCCCAAAGGUGCUGAACGUUGUUGUGGACCCCCAAGGCCGAUGCACGCCUGAGAUCAAAGCUACCACCUCUACCUCUGUCUGUCCUUCUCCUUUCAAAAUGAAGCCCAUUGGACUUCAAGAGAGGUCCAGCCGUGGGACAAAGGAAGAGACCAGAAAAGGAUGAGGAAGACGCCUGGAAAAGAUCAGUGGUGAGUCCAGGACU